AUGAAAAGAAAAGUUUCAGCAGAUUCUGGAACCAUGCCAAUUUCCGGGAAAGAACAGCCUGGAGCUCUUGCCCGACAGUCUAAUAACUCUUCUUCUGUUCUUCCUUGUAAGAAGAGGUGGUACUCUUUGCUCUAUUCUCGUGCACCAAUCCAUGCUUCAAGAAAUGUUGAGGAUCUAGUGAAACCAGCAUUGGCCGAAAAAUUAGCUGGCCGGGAAGCUUUAGGUACGGAAAAAGUUUCUGUCAAGAAGAAAGUUGUUCCCAAACAAGGGGAAAGCCACAGUAAACUUGAACUUCCUGCCGAUUCAGGGCACAGUGAUAAAGGAAAGCAUGUUGUUGGAGCUAGUGAGCAGGAAUUUAAUUUUCCCAUCUCAUCAAUUCAUCCUUCUCUGCGUCACAAGUCUGCAAAUGUGAUUCGUGUUAGUCUUGGUAGUACUUUUCGAGGGUUUGACUUAUCAGUACUGCAGUCAAAGUCAGAACCUGUAGAAGAAGCCUUGCUACAAGCUAAUGAAGUUGAUACUGCUGCUAAAGAGCUAAAUGUAUGCAGUGAUAAAGUGGAGGCAUCUGUUCCCGCGAGCAUGAAUGAAGAUCACAAGGUAUACAAAAAGACACAAGACACAUAUAAUUUGGUUGCAAGUGGUGAGGGGUCGGCAAAUGAUGGGGAAAAGAUAAUUAAAUCAGUUGGUACUGAGAGAUUGGGGUGUGUCGGACAGGAUGAGGAAUGUGAAGAAGGUGAAAUCCGAGAAUACAUGAUGCAGUCGAUUGUAGAAGACCCAAUGACUAAGGGAAUUGAUUCAGGCAAAAACAGUGAACCUUCAAGUAAAAAUGUUCAUUCUUCUCUUUGCUUCACUAAUGCAGAGUCUCAUGAGGACUUUGUGAAAGCCUGUGAUGAGAAAGCUGAAAAAGAUCUUCAGAAUGUCGCUGUAUUCAGACCUGAAACGGGUAGGCCGCUGCCUUCAAGAAGUGGAAGAGAGAGGUAUUCUUAUAUGGAGGAGGAGAUAUUCCAUCUACAAAGGAAUAGAGAUGAAAUCUAUGGCUAUGGUCCUAAAUUUGUGCGAGAUAGGUUUCAGGACAGUUCAUUUGGUAGCUCAAGGGGGGACUUCAUGCAUGGAAGAGGGAGAGGCUGGGGCCGUGGCCGGUAUUCUGGGCCUGAUUUUGAAAGGUUUGGAGGUGUUGCUGAUUAUCCCUUUAGACAUAAACGUACAGCUCCUGCUUGGGAAUCUGCAGAUGAGCGUAAUGACUAUGAUGGUGCUGCCUUUGGUACUAAUAGGAGGAGGAAGCCAUUAAAUGAUGACUUGCCUUCAUUACGACAUCCACCUGCACGUCGACAGUCCCCUAAUGGAAGAGAAGAUGCUGCAAUGAUGGGCACUCAAAGGCUUCGUAGAGCUCCCAGCAAUAUCAGCCCAAGAAGAGGCACUGAUAAAGAUGGCUUUGCGUAUGUUGAUAUUCGACAUGGUGAGAAGUUCGAUAGACACUUUCCAGCUGAUCGGAAUAGUCAUUUGGCUCAGGGUGAUACAGAGAUUACUGCGAUGCAGAGAAGCGGUUUCCCUCGAAUGAGGUCAAAAUCUCCUAUUAGGUCCCGUACAUGGUCCCUUCCUCCGAGGAGAUUGACGGAAGAAUUGUAUGGUCGUCAGCACAGGUCUCCGGUUAAGUACAGGGAAGAUAGAACGAGGCCUUCUUCACGGACUUCUUUUACUGAAGAAGCAAUAGCCCCUCAAAGGCGAGACCCUCCUUCUUAUAGUUCUCAUCGUCAGAGUGAUAGGUGGGAUGUGGAUGGUGUACAGGAGUACGGGCAUCCGAGGUCUCAUUAUAACAGAGGGAGUGCACCUGAUCGGGAGAGGGCUGAUAGUUAUGGCGAGAGGCAAAUGAGAAAUGUGAAAGAGCAAGAAGGCGGUGGUAAUCGUAGACGGAGGCAUGAAGAAGAAUUUGAUGGCUCCAGAUUGAAGAAAAGAAGAUUUUGA